AUGCCUGCUUCCACGACGUCCCUUUGACAAUCUCUGUUAGGCUACCCCAGGGCCCUAUUCUAGCUAGCAUCUAAGGGGCUGAGUGGCAUUGAGUGAGCCCUGGGCACUGAGAGGCCCCGCGUGGGGAAUUGGACUGAACUCUGCAAGCAGAGGUGUCAUCCCUGCAACCCUGGGACGCUGAAUGGCUAAGGAGACCCACUGGAGUCUGUGCCCUUGAGGGCUUGGGCUGGCCUCCAGGAUGGACACAGGCCCCCUCCACACUCCAUAGAACUGCUAAAUUUAGCCAGGCAGAGGAGGCUGUCCUGGGGCUGAGGGCUUGGCAGCACUGCCUUGUCUCCCUACAAGGUCUGGCCCAAUACUGGAGCUGGCCACUCGGCCUUUGGGCUUAUAAGGCAGGUCUGGCAGCUCUCAAGUGCUGGAGUCUUGGGGUGGGCUCUGGGCCAAACUCUCAGACUUUGGGGAGCCUUCUUUCUAGCCACUAGCAGAAAUGGGAGCUAUUUGGGCAAGGCACUCAAUUUCUAGAGUGUCAGUUUCCCUAUCUGUAAAAUGGGGAUCCAGUACCUACCUCAUGGGGCUGUUUUUAAAAAAAUCUGCUGAGUGUGAAAGUACUGUGUCCCCUGUAAACUCUGACCCCUGCCCUGCCCAUCUCUGCCCCCACCCCAAUGCCUGGAACAAUCACAGGUGUCUGUUCCUGGGGAUGCUGGAGUUGGGGCAAGGCAGGAAAACAUAGGCCUGGAUGGAAAGAUGCAUUUUAGAACCAAUGAAAGGGCAUUAAUCCUAUCAGCUUCCUGUCUUGCUCUGGCAAACUUAUGAGCUAAAAUAGAGAUUUGUAAUUGGGACGAUAGACAUAAUUGCUUUUAUUUCUUUUUAUUUUGGGCAUGCUUUGGAUAUGAUAACCCCAAAUGAGAUAGUCCCCCCAUGACAGACUGUUUUCUAAGUGUCAGGGUCAGAACCAAGGCUCUAACAGGAGCACAGGUGUACGCUCCAAGCAGGGGUGUCUGAGUAACUAAGGAGACCCAUUGGAGCCUUGUGCUGAACCCCUUGAGGACCUGGCCUGGCCUUCAGGAUGGGCAUAGGCCCCCUCCGGGAUCCACUGCCUGCUAAAUUUAGCCAGGCAAAGGAAGCCAUCUGUCCAUUAGUCCAUCUGUCUGUCAGCAAGCCUGGCUCCUCGGAAGUGAUGAUAAGAAAAGGGCAGAUGCAGAUUGGAGAACGACUGCCUGACUUCCUUCCCUCUCCUACCUCUCCUCUCCCCACUUCACCUAGUGUCUGCUACCCUCCUGAAUGUCCAGGAAUCAUGGGUGGAGUGGGACACAAAGAUGGCUCCUGUACAGUGCCAGCAUAACCCCCACUCUUGAUUGCAAGCAAUUCAUGUCCUGGGACCUGCUAUUCCAAGAGCCACAGGAUCACCUGGAAAGGGAAUAGGCCCUUUUGUCUGGGAUCAAGACCAGGCCAAGGGGACAUGAUACCCACAGGUUUGGUUCCCAACAUCUUUGGAUUUUUUCCUUAGAAAAGCCCAGGACAUGGUUCUGGCCUGCCCCUCUUGAAGGUGAUAUUGGACAGACAGUUGGGCCUGAGAUUGGUGAGGCUGAUCUGUUUGAGAGGGGGGAUUGGCCUAGGGUGCUGGAAGGGGCCAUGGGCCUGCCCUCUGUGGGGGCCCUUGCUGCCCAGAAAACAGCUCUACUCAGACAGGCAGCUGGGAUUUCCUGCCCUGGAGCCUGGCUCCCUGCCUAGAAUAAUUUCCCAACGAAAGGCCUGCCAGAGGAAGACUCCUAUCAGCCUUCAGAGUGAGGCACCUUGGACUGCAGGGGAGUUCCCCACAGCCCUGGUGGACACCAAACCUCCACCUCCCUCUCCAGAGGAAGCCCCAAGGACACCUGGCCUGGAUUGAAGGCCAGCAAGGUAGGCCUUCCUGCUUUAAGCUGAGGCCUCCAGUACCGUCCAGGGUGAGCUUGGGCAAUUCAUUUCUCUUUUCUUAGCUCAUUUCUUCAUCUGCAAAACAAAGCGUUAGGUCAGGGGAGGCCUCUAGCUCUAGGACUCCAAAAGCAAACAUGAGACCUCUGUCCCACCCCCAGCCCCCUGCAGCCCUUGCAUUCACACCCUGGGCUGUGGUUGAAGAUAGGGGCUGCAGAAGGUCUGUACCUUAAGAUCAAUAGUGGCCUCAGGUUUUUGUCCUCAGUGUUGUUGGGACCCAACCCCCUGGGGCCUCUACCUAUGAGGGAAAUCUUAUUAUCAUCCCCAUUUCACAGGCAGCUAGUAGCAGAGCCAAGGAUAUUAACUGAGGCUGUCUGAUGUCAGGCUUUCCCUGCUUUGUCUCAGGAGCCCUGUGGCAAUCUAUAACAGAUGUGGCCCUUGAAUCUUCUGGGCACCUGCCUCCCUCUGCUUGUUUUUGGGAGGUAGAGGUGUGGCUGGGACAGAAAGAAUGAUGGGAAAGGAGAGUUAAGCUAUAGAAAUGCCAGCCCAAUGCUAAGGUCGACUGGGCACAGGCCAGGCUUGGACUCAGAGGGACAGGUGGUCUAUAAGGAAGAUGGUCUAUAAGGACAGAGGUGGGGGUCCUGCUGCAGGCUCUGAAAGUAUCAGACAGCUGAUACUUACAGAAAUGGCCCCGCUUCCUCUUCUGCUCUCCUGGCCACAAACUCCCCAGGGACUGAGCUUCCCACCUCGGGGCACAGGUAGAGUGGGGAGGAUGUGUGGAUAUGGGUAUGGGUCCCUGGUUUGGGGAAUGCUUCAACCUGAGGCCAUUCCACCCAAGCCGUGGCCCCGUUCUGUUCCACCAGGUUCAUGGGGGGCUGACAGCUUUAUCUUUGCCUUGUAACGGGUGGCCUGUGGUUUCCUGCCAACAGCUCCUGUUUCCGGAGGCUCAGCAGGGCCCAGGCGGAGCCAGAAGGAGCUGUGGGGCUGGGCCUGGGUGGCCCCACCAGCCCCGCCCCCAUCUAUCUUUGGGAAUUUAUUUGUCCACAGGCGCGGCCAGCCCACAGUCCAUUGCCUGCCAGGGGCCAAGAGCUGCUCUAACCACCCAAGGACUCUAUUUUUCAACCCAAGUGCCUUCAACUGACCCCUGACUCCUGACCUCUGGCCCCAGCUGCCCUGCCCUGCCCUGUCCUACCCUACCCUUCCUAACGGGCCAGGAAGCCCCUAGAAGCUCCACUGUAGACGUGGGCAUUGACAUCUGGCUCACCUCAAGAGCAAAGGCUGUGCAAGGGGCUCAGUCCUCAGGCCCCAGCCUGGCCCACCAUGGCACAGCGGCUCCAGGAUGAACUGGCUGCUUUCUUCUUUGAGUAUGACACUCCCCGAAUGGUGCUUGUGCGCAACAAGAAGGUGGGCGUCGUCUUCCGCCUGAUCCAGCUCGUGGUUCUGGUCUACGUCAUUGGGUGGGUUUUUGUCUACGAGAAGGGCUAUCAGACCUCAAGUGGCCUCAUCAGCAGCGUGUCUGUGAAACUCAAGGGUCUGGCCGUGACACAGCUCCCAGGUCUGGGCUCCCAGGUCUGGGAUGUAGCUGACUACGUCUUCCCAGCCCAGGGGGACAGCUCCUUCGUGAUCAUGACCAAUUUCAUUGUGACUCCGCACCAGGCUCAAGGCUACUGUGCAGAGCACCCAGAAGGGGGUACAUGCACAAAUGACAGUGGCUGCACUCCAGGGAAGGCAGAAAGGAAGGCCCAAGGCAUCCGCACAGGCAAGUGUGUGGCCUUCAAUGACACUGUGCAGACCUGUGAGAUCUUUGGCUGGUGUCCUGUGGAGGUGGAUGACAAUGUCCCACGCCCUGCCCUUCUCCAAGAGGCUGAGAACUUCACUCUCUUCAUCAAGAACAGCAUCAGCUUUCCACGCUUCAAGGUCAACAGGCGCAACCUGGUGGAAGAGGUGGAUGCGGCCUACAUGAGGACCUGCCUCUAUCACAAGAGCUCGCACCCACUGUGCCCUGUGUUCAAGCUUGGCUAUGUGGUACAAGAGUCAGGACAGAAUUUUAGCACUCUGGCUGAGAAGGGCGGGGUGGUUGGUAUCACCAUUGACUGGAACUGUGACCUGGACUGGCAUGUGCGGCACUGCAAACCCAUCUACGAGUUCCAUGGACUGUAUGAGGAGAAAAAUCUGUCUCCAGGCUUCAAUUUCAGGUUUGCCAGGCACUUCGUGGAAAACGGGACCAACCACCGCCACCUCUUUAAGGUGUUUGGGAUUCGCUUUGACAUUCUCGUGGAUGGCAAGGCUGGGAAGUUUGACAUCAUCCCCACAAUGACGACCAUUGGCUCUGGGAUUGGCAUCUUUGGGGUGGCCACGGUUCUCUGUGACCUGUUGCUGCUCCACAUUCUGCCCAAAAGGCACUACUACAAGCAGAAGAAGUUCAAGGUGGGCGUGACCCCGCAGCCACCAGCUCCACCCUGAGCCUGCAGGAGAACAUGAAGACAUCCUGACCCUCAGCCCCUGAUUCCUGACUGGACACAGCAUGAGGCUUCAGGCAGGGGCCCUGGUGGGUCCCAACCAGGAAAGAAUGGUCUUCACAGGAGCUCUCCACCCUCUUAGCCAGGUAGACACUAGGUCUUGGCAGCUCAGAGGGGACACUGAGAAAGACCUGUGCAAGUCUGGGCUCUGGCCCCAACUCCACAACCCCCAAGGGAGCGUCGCCCCAGCCUCAGCCACUCCUGGUCUAGAGGGGCUGGGACUGGGCAGGGCUUCUCUCACACUCCUCUAUCAGAGCUCUGUGCUUCUCUCUCGGGGCCCUCGUGCACCACACUGCCUUGUGUCUCUAGAUUCAUGACUUCCCAUAUGACAGACACUAGCCAUGAUGACCAUUUAAAUUUAUAUUAAUUUAAACUGAAUAAAAUAAAAAAUUCAGUUCCUAAAACUAGCCACUUUACAACUGUUAAAUAGAUGCAUGUGCCUAAUGGCUGCCAUACUGGACCACAUAAAAUAUUGCAAAAAGUUCUACUGGACAGCUCUGCUUGAGCCCUGUUUCUUACUGGCCCCAGAUGUUCCUAGGGAGCUUAUCAACAGCGCAGGCACCUGGGCCUACCUCUGACCUCCCAAACCAGAAUCUCUAGGGCUGGCCACAGAUAUGCAAGGAUGGCAAACUCCCCAGGCCAUUUGAAAGACUAAAGUUUAAGAACUUCUCCUGACCAGGUAUCAGAUUUCGCCUGGGCCAGCCUGACCUGGCAGAUGCGGAUUUUGAGUAGGUGUGUGGUGUACUUACAGGCCACAUGCUGUCUCCUGUACACAUUCAUCUGCAUGCACACCCCCCUCCCAUCCACACUCUGGUUUUGAACAACUUGGGCCCUGCAAACACAAGCAUCGGAACGUACCUGUGCCCUCAAGUGCAGACACACGGUCCAUGCCACAGCACCUCCACGGAGUACGCUUCUCUCUCACCGUGUCAGGCCAGGACAGUCCCUUCUAGCCACGAAUCCUCAGUCAGCUAACUCAGGUUGGGGUGGAGCCCUGGCCAAAUCCUGGGCUCCCUGCUUGUGGCCCAGCCUCAGCACCUAAGGCCUGCCCAAUUCUGUCUGAACAUAAAGUCGGGGGAAAGUGAGGAGUGGAGUACAAUAAAAGGAAUGAGGACAAA